AUGGGCGAUGUUCAUAAUCGAAAUCCGUUGAAUCGACCUCCACCUUCAGUCUCAACUUCCGAAGAAAACACCAACCGAAGGAGUCAUCCUCUCCCGAAACCAAACCAUAACGAAAACAACAAUUACAAGGGAAACUUACUGCCAUUGCCGAAACCGGAAACCCCCCCUAAACAGCACGAGAAAUCGAGUGCUCCGUCCACGUCAUCAUCGUCUUCGUCUUCUUCUUGUAACAAUAUAUUGCCAGUUCCAAGAACCGAGAGUGAGAUACUGUCGUCUCCGUACUUGAAGGCUUUUUCGUUAGACCAAUUGAGAAGAGCCACUUCGAACUUCUGCGAGUAUAGUACGCUCGGAGAAGGUGGAUUCGGCUAUGUUUUCAAAGGGUGGUUGGAUGAAGAAAAGCUAACUGCUACAAAGCCUGGUACUGGAUUGGCUGUUGCUAUCAAGAAGCUUAUACCUUAUGGCUUACAGGGUCACAAUGAGUGGUUGGUUAGUUACUCUCUCUCUCUCUCUCUCUCUCUCUCUCUCUCGGAAGUGAACUAUUUAGGUCGACUUCGCCAUCCGAAUCUGGUUAAACUCAUCGGAUACUGCUUAGACGGCGAGGACCGAAUACUCGUUUACGAAUACAUGCCAGGUGGCAGCUUGGAGAAACACUUAUUCAAAAGAUGUUCUCCAUCAUCUCUUUCAUGGGCAAGAAGGAUUAAGGUUGCUGUGGGUGCAGCUCGAGGGCUAUGUUUCCUACACGAGUCGAAAUCGCCCGUCAUUUAUCGCGAUUUCAAGACAUCAAAUAUUUUGUUAGAUUCUGAAUUUAAUGCAAAGCUUUCAGACUUUGGACUGGCUAAAGCUGGUCCAACUGAAUCUCAAACUCAUUCUAUGUUUUUCCUCUUAAUAGGUAAAUUAACGGUAAAGUGCGACGUAUACAGCUUCGGAGUGGUGUUACUGGAGCUGCUUACGGGGCGACGAGCGAUAGACGAAACGAAGUGCGAAGAGGAGAAAAUAUUGGUGAAUUGGGUGAGGCUACACGUACUCGACAACGGCAGGGUUUUCAGGAUAAUGGACACAAAAUUAGAGGGGCAAUAUUGUAAAAGAAGUGCUUAUGUUGCUGCUAAUAUUGCACUCCGUUGUGUUAAUCAUGAGCCUAAAUAUCGCCCUCCUAUGACUUAUAUUUUGGAAAUUUUAGAAAAUCUUCCCUCUCAAAAAAAUCAUAAUAAUUAG